AUGGCUCCGCCUUCAGAACGAUCGGAACCCCGCCCUGAACCUUUAUCGACGGUACCGUUCCCACGAGACCCAGACUUUGUUGGCCGGAAUGAAAUCCUGGACCAACUUCAUGAGAAAGCAUCGAUAGCGGGAUCUAGAGUCGCCCUCUUUGGACUCGGUGGCGUUGGGAAAACGCAGCUUGCCGCUGAAUACUGCUUCCAGAUUCGACAGCAAUCCGCCAACACGUGGGUCUUCUGGGUACAUGCUAGUAACGCGGCCCGCUGCGAGAAAAGUCUCCGCAAUCUUGCCGAUCGAGCCAAAAUUCCUGGGCGCCUGGACCGCAACGCCAAUAUCUUUCAAGUCGUCGGAAACUGGCUAGAAGACGAAAAAAUCGGAAAGUGGAUUCUCGUUCUGGAUAAUGUUGACGAUGACGAGCUUUUUCGCAACCCUUCUGUGAUUGGUACCACCGGCAAUAUAGACUCGCAGAGCGACUCGCAGAGCGACACGGACCCGCAGAGCGACACGGACCCGCAGAGCGAUCCUCCAAUGCAACCACCACGACUAAGGUAUCUACUUGGCAACUCUAAUGGUACAAUCAUUAUCACUAGUCGUCAUAAAGGAGUUGUAUCGAAAAUCGUCAAACAUCAGAACAUUAUCGAAGUACCACCGAUGAACCCUACGGAAGCAUUAGGUCUUAUUCAAAAGAAGCUAAGCACACCGGAAGAGCAUACGAGAAUGGUGCAGUUAGCUCAGGAGCUUGAGUUUAUGCCACUCGCAAUCAUCCAGGCUACCGCCUACAUUGUACAGCGUUGUUCAGUAUCAGAGUACAUACUAAAAAUUCAGAGGAGUGACCGCCAAGCAGUACAGGUGCUUCGCGAAGAGGCUGGCCUCCUUACUCGGGAUUGGGAGGCCAAAAACUCCAUUCUAUUUACGUGGCAAAUAACUUUUGACUAUAUUCGAAGGAUAAGGCCGUCUGCAACUGAUCUACUCUCUCUCAUGAGCUUUUUUGAUCGGCAGGGGAUCGCACAAAGAAUUCUUCGAGUUCCGCUGAAUCAGCAUAUAUAUAAGGACUCAUGUCUGGAGAAAUUAGAAGGAAGCUCUAACGACCGGGAUUCCAAUGACGGAUCUAGUUCUAGUACCGAUGCCGCUUUUAACAUGGAUGUUAACAUGUUAAGUGACUUUUCAUUGAUAUCGAUCAGAGAGGAUGGACACACUUUCACAAUGCAUCGACUAGUGCAGCUAACUGUACGGACAUGGCUUAAGGUCAAUCACCAACUUGAACAGUGGAAGGGCCGAUUCAUUUACAAUUUAUACGCCGAGCUUCCCACCGGUCAAUAUGAGAAUUGGGAAAGACAUCGGUCACUUUUUCCACACGUCAAAUCUGCGACGUUACACCAACCAGAAUCCCAAGCAUCUCUUCAGCAAUGGGCUACUGUGCUUUAUCGAGGCGCGUGGUAUGCGCAAGAAAGCGGGCAUGUCAUAGAAUCACGGGAAAUGGCGUCUAGGUCAAGAGACUGCAGAUUGCAGCUUUUUGGAGAGGAAGACGGGGAUACCCUUAAUAGCAAUGCAAUGUUAGCAGCAAUAUAUCGGCUAGAAGGGAGGUGGGAGGAAGCCGAGCGGCUCGAGUUACGGGAAGUGAAGAUUCGCAAGACGAAGUUUGGCGCGGAUCAUCUAUCCACGCUCACAAGCAUAGGCAACCUCGCGUCGACGUAUAGGUACCAGGGCCGGUGGGAGAAGGCCGAGAAGCUCGAAGUGCAGGUGAUGGAGACUCGCAAGGCGAAGCUCGGUAUGGACGAUCCCGAUACACUAUCAAGUAUGGGAAACCUGGCAUCGACGUACUGGGAACAAGGCAGGUGCAAGGAGGCCGAGAAGCUCGAAGUGCAGGUGAUGGAGACUCGCAAGGCGAAGCUCGGUAUGGACCAUCCCGAUACACUAUCGAGUAUGGGAAACCUGGCAUCGACGUACUGGGAACAAGGCAGGUGGGAGGAGGCCGAGAAGCUCGAAGUGCAGGUGAUGGAGACUCGCAAGGCGAAGCUCGGUAUGGACCAUCCCCAUACACUAUCAAGCAUGGGAAACCUGGCAUCGACGUACUGGAAAAAGGGCCGGUUGGAGGAGGCCGAGCAGCUCGAAGUGCAGGUGAUGGAGACUCGCAAGGCGAAGCUCGGCUCGGACCAUCCCGAUACGCUAUUAAGUAUGGACAGCCUAGCGGUGACAUAUAGGAAGCAAGGCCGCUUAGUGGAGGCCGAGCAGCUUCAGGUGCAGGUUGUGGACACUCGCAAGGCUCGGCUCGGCACGGAUCAUCCGAAUACACUAUCAAGCAUGGGAAACCUAGCGGUGACGUACAGGAAUCAAGGCCGCCGGGAGGAGGCCGAGCAGCUUCAGGUGCAGGUUAUAAACACGAGCAAGAUAAAGCUCGGCCCAGAUCAUUCUGAUACGCUAUCCGGUAUGGAUAACCUAGCGGUAACAUACAGGAAUCAAGGCCGCUGGGUGGAGGCCGAGCAGCUUCAGGUGCAGGUGAUAGACACUCGCAAGACAAAGCUCGACCCGGAUCAUCCCGAUAUGCUAUCCAGUAUAAAUAACCUAGCGGUGACGUACAGGAACCAAGGCCGCUGGGUGGAGGCCGAGCAGCUUCAGGUUCAGGUGAUGGACACGCGCAAGACAAAGUUCGGCGCCGGUCACCCUGAUACGCUAAAAAGCAUGGUCGGCCUCGCGUCAACCUACAGGAACCAAGGCCGCUUAGAGGAGGCCGAGCAGCUCGAAGUGCAGGUGAUGGACACGCGCAAGACAAAGUUCGGCCCCGGCCACCCUGAUACGCUAAAAAGCAUGGUCGGCCUCGCGUCAACCUACAGGAACCAAGGCCGCUUGGAGGAGGCCGAGCAGCUCGAAGUGCAGGUGAAGGACACACGCAAGAAACGCUCGGUGCGGACCAUCCUGCGACUUUAG